CACGCGUUUCCUCUUUGGACAAACUGAGAUAUGUCGUCAAUCCCGUUCAGCACCCCGGAUUCCUACGGUUCCCUAAGGGUGGCGUGAUCGCUUCGUUUAUUGCAGUUGCUAUGGUGAUCCGGCUUCGCUACGGCAAGUCAGGAGAGCCAAACAAGGUCAGUCUUGAAGGAUCCGUCCAUUUCCUCCUUAAACCGGUAGUGGGGUGCAACGACAACAACGCCUUUUAUUUCCCCCCACAACAAUAAAAGGAUUACAAGUAGAAAAACUGGUCGGGUUACAAUCUUCAACCAAACACACUUAUUCCCUGACGUGAAAGGAAAGCCAAACAUGCUGUCGGACGCAGAUUACCCCGGGAACGGCUCCGGCGGCCGGCGAUCCAAGAAGAGGAGCUCCGGGGAGUCUCCGGGGGACACCCAGGCUCCACGGUCCUCCGGGCGUCAGAGCAACGUCCGCGUGAAGCGGGCCAAUAACCCUCCACCUGGACAGAGCAAACGAAAAGCCACGGAUACGGAAGAGGAAGACGACCAGUCAGAGAAGAAAUACAGGAAGUGUGAGAAGGCGGGCUGUUCUGCCACGUAUCCUGUCUGUUUCGCCAGUGCGUCUGACAGAUGUGCUAAAAAUGGCUACACGUCUCGCUGGUACCAUCUGUCAUGUGGCGAGCACUUUUGUAACGAGUGCUUCGAUUACUACUACCGAAGCCACAAAGACGGCUAUGACAUUUUUGCGGCGUGGAAGAAAGUGUGGACGAGCAACGGGAAAAGCGAGCCCAGUCCCAAAGCGUUCAUGGCAGACCAGCAGCUUCCCUAUUGGGUGCAGUGCACCAAAGCGGACUGCAAGAAGUGGCGUCAGCUGACCAAGGACAUCCAACUGAGCAGCUCCCUGGCGAUGACGUACCGCUGCGGGAUGAAGCUGAACAACGUGAAGAGCGAAGGGCCGGACCAGUGCUCCCUGCCAGAAGACCUGAGAGUGGCGGAAGUGGGCGACAGCUGGUGGCAUUCCAUGCUCAUUCUGCCGCCGUUGUUCAAAGACAGUCCGGCCGGUCCCUUCCUGGCCGCCUACUAUCCCGACUGUGUGGGCAUGAGUCCGUCCUGCGCUCCUGCUGGCCCGCAUGCCAGCGAGCUGAGAGCGGAUCAUUGUAGGGCGGCCCAGCCUCAAAUCGCAGGCUUGAGUCCGUACUUCCAGCCGUUCUACCAGCCCAACGAGUGCGGAAAGGCUCUUUGCGUCCGACCAGACAUGAUGGAGCUGGACGAGCUUUACGAGUUCCCGGAAUUUUCCCGUGAUCCCACCAUGUAUUUGGCUCUGCGUAAUCUCAUCCUGGCCUCCUGGCACAAAAACUGUCAGGAGGUUCUGACCGCCGAGACAUGUGCCCAGCACAUCAUCGUGCGAGGGUUGGUGCGCGUGCGCUGCGUGCAAGAGAUGGAGCGGGUGCUCCACUUCAUGACCAGGAAGGGUCUGAUCAACACGGGGGUGCUGGCGGUCCAGUGGCCUCUCCUCCCGGAAAGGCAUCGCUGUAAGAGCGUGGUCGUGAUCGGGGCGGGGGUGUCUGGGCUCGCUGCUGCGCGCCAGCUGCACAACUUUGGCAGUCAGGUGCUGGUGCUGGAGGCCCGCGAUAGAAUCGGCGGCCGCGUGUGGGACGACACCUCCCUGGGUGUCACCGUGGGUCGGGGCGCUCAGAUCGUCAACGGCUGCGUCAACAACCCGGUCGCUCUGAUGUGCGAGCAGAUGGGCCUCCGCAUGCACAAGCUGGGCGAGCGCUGCGACCUGUUUCAGGAGGGGGGCCGGGCCACCGACCCCGCCAUCGACAAGCGCAUGGACUUCCACUUUAACGCCAUUCUGGACGUGGUGUCGGAGUGGAGGAAGGACACGUCGCAGAGCCAGGACACGCCGCUGGGAGGUGCCGAGACGUUGCCAGACGGGCCGGAGUCCACAAUCAAAACUGACAUGUUUGUUUGUGUGCAUUUGACCUUUUGGACAGAGAAAGUCCAGGAGCUUAAAAAGAACUUCCUGCAGGAGUCGGGCAUCCAGUUCAGUGAGCUGGAGGAGAAAGUGCUUCAGUUUCACCUCAGCAACCUGGAGUACGCCUGCGGGAGCUCUUUGAAGCAGGUCUCAGCCAGAUCCUGGGACCACAACGAAUUCUUUGCCCAGUUCUCAGGAGACCACACGCUGCUCACUCCCGGCUACGCUGCUCUGCUGCACAAGCUGGCCGAGGGCCUGGACAUCCGCACUAAGUGCCCGGUUCAGUCCAUGGACUACUCAGGUGAUGUUAUCAGAGUUACUUGCUCUAACGGCUCCCAGUGGACAGCCAAGAAGGUUCUUGUUACGGUCCCGCUAACGUUGCUCCAGAGGAACUUCAUCCACUUCAAUCCGCCACUUCCUGAAAGGAAACUGAAAGCCAUCCACAGUCUGGGAGCAGGUAUCAUUGAGAAGAUCGCCCUCCAGUUUCCCUACAGAUUUUGGGACAACAAGAUCCAGGGGGCCGACUACUUCGGUCACAUCCCGCCCACUCCCGACAAGAGAGGCAUGUUCACAGUCUUCUACGACAUGGACCCGCAGGGGAAGCAGGCGGUGUUGAUGUCUGUCAUCGCCGGAGAUGCUGUGGCUGCUGUGCGGGACAUGGAGGACAAGGACGUGGUGGACAAGUGCGUGAAGGUGCUGCGUGAGCUUUUCAAAGAGCAGGAGGUCCCUGAGCCGCUGCGUUCCUUGGUCACGCACUGGAGCAAAGACAUGUGGUCGCAGAUGUCCUACAGCUUCGUGAAGAUGGGCGGAAGUGGCGAGGCGUACGACAUCAUCGCCGAAGACGUUCAGGGAAAAUUGUUCUUUGCCGGCGAGGCCACCAACCGACACUUCCCUCAGACCGUGACGGGCGCCUACCUCAGCGGGGUCAGAGAGGCCAGCAAGAUGGCCGCUCUCUGAGCUCGGGAGAGCGUUCCGACUCACCGGCACGGACGUGUGGAAUCCAAACCGUAUCACCUGGCUUCGCUUGCACCGUGUGAACCGCCAAGGAUCACCAAGGGCUUAAAAGGAGCAUCUCUCGUCUCCUCCACGUGAACAGUGAGGGACAUGCUUGGGCACUUGUGGCACGCAAUUGAUGGUAGUCAUGUGUGAAAGGAAAAAGGAAAAAAACAUUUUGACUUGCUAGCAGUGUUUAUACAGCUGCUGCUGUGUUGUGGGAUUGUGUGGUCGCUGUGUCGCUACAUGAAGUGGGUGUGAGGUUAGGUGUGUAGAAGAGUACAGUACGUCAGUUCUAGAGCUUUUUCUUUGUCACCGUCAUUUGAUCCAAAGCAGCCAUGCACGAUAGUUGAAUAGUGUAACGUUAGUGUUUGUGUACUACAACAACAUAACCUACUCUUCCUCUUACUUUCUCAGGGAUGACAUCAGGACAACAAUUAAUUACUAUUAACAUGACAUUAUUUGUCUUGUAUUAGUCCCUGAGCGACUAUUGAAAGUUUGUCAACAGCACAACACCGUCUCUGUCUGAUGUUUGUCUGCAGUAUUCUAGAUUAUGUGUUUGUCACACAUUUCAGCGUAUAUACAAACUUGUCUAUAGGGGCCACUAGAGGGAGUCUGCAAAAGUGGCCGCUAUAGACAAGUGGCCUCUAUAGACAGGUUGGCGUCCAGUUUGAAUGUUGACCAGUAGAGGGAAAAAAAGAAAAAAAUAAUAAUAAUGUUGACCAGUAGAGGGCACUGUGGACUGCGGAUAAAAGUUGUACAGCACUACUAGGCUUGUUAUUAUCAUGGUUCAUGGUUUUAAUCCUGAACAUGCAUGAGUCAAACAGUAGCACAUCACAUAGUACAGUUCACAAUUUUGCAUGUCCAAAAAGGAGUAGGAAGAAGCAAAGCUUAUUUAAUUCUACCCCUCAUCAGUUUCACAUCAGUUGCAAUACAUUUAUUCACCUCUUGUUCUUCCAAGUGUACUUUGUAGGUCUACAUGACAAUGUAGUGCAAUCAUAGUAAAGGUUUUUACUUACUAAAAGGAAGCUAGAGGCUUAAUAAUAACUGAUAACUGAUUAAAUACUUCAGUUAAGUACAACCCAACUCAGUUUUGCUCCCGCUGCCGCAUGCAUGCUAGCAUAUGUUUUUUUUUUUUUUAUUGUAGCGUCGCUGGGAGCAUGUCCUGUUCCCAGUCUACUUUGCGGUAAUGUUUUGGUGCAAAUGCUCCUAAAGUUACAUGUUUGACCAGGAAAUAGCAAGCUCAAAAGAAGACGGCUUUUUUAUGUGGAACAACUGACAGUUUGUGUGGAUCUUGUGAAUGAUUGUGACUGAGCUAGGACUCAGUAAUUAAAGUCUACACACGACGCCUUCAUUGAUUGAAAAACAAAACUUUUUCGUGCAUGAAGCUUCUACUUGAGUUGGUAAUUUGGCUGCUAUAUGCAGUCAGAUAUUGACCAAGGGAGACAAAAUGGGUGGCUGCUGGCUGUGUUGGACAGGUGACUGCUAUACACAGGGUCUAUAACAUGUAAAUUUGCUGGGGGGGAUUUUUCAGUGGCUGCUAUAGGCAGGUGGCCCUUCUAUAAAGGUGGCCGCUAAGACAGGUUUGACUGUAUAGUAUUUAUCUGCUGUACUUUGUGGAAUAAACCGUGCUGCAAACCG